AUGAAAAAAAAUGACCAGAAGAAUACCAUGUUAGGAAGAGAAACGCCUAGCUACAAACAAGCCUUGCAAUCAGCAGGUAAUUCCUCGAGUAGUGGAUCAAGUAAUUCUACCAGCAGUGGAGGCACCUCUGGUUCUUCAACAACAUUUCAUUCUUCCGGUGUCAAUAGACCAAACUCACAACAAACAACUCACACCAACAAUCAACAACAACAACAGCACCAUCAUCAUCAUCAUAACAGAAAUGUACAUCACAAAUCGAAACCAACAACCGCUUCGAGCUCAACUUCUAUUGUUGGUUCUAAUCAAACCGAUGUAUCAACCACCAAUACUCCAUCAGCCCCUUUACUAACAUUGGAUAAUACCGAUGUUGGCAAUCAUGUGGUUUUAAGAUUACAUCCAGGCCAAAAUAUUUUGGAAGGAGAGGUAUUUGCUUUUGAUCCUGAUUUGGGUUUUCUUGCUCUAUUCAUCAAUGAAGGAAAACAUGCUUCAUCAACACGAAAGAACUUUAGAAUUAUUAGAGUAGGCUCCAUUGUUGAAGUUGUAUCAAACACAAAGGCCACUCAUAUUAGUCAAUCAGGAUCAGUGUCGGAAAAGUUUUUGGAUACAGUUCCAUUCGCGGAUACAUCUAUUCCAUUGCCAGAGGUGGAUAGUGAGGAAAUCAUGAGACGAGAGGAAAUGGCCAUCCAUGAGAGAAGAGAAAGAUUAGGUUCUAAUGUGUCAUCAGAGGCUCAAGCUAUAUUCGAUAAUCUGUCAAAGACUUUACCUUGUAAAUGGAGAGGAAAGGAUAUUCUAGUCAUGGACAGUGUUAUUGUUCCACCCUAUGGACUUGAUAACGUUUCUGGCCCAGCAGCAGAACGAAAACGUGUACAAAAUUUCUUGCAAAAAGCAUUGGAAAAGAUUAAGUCAAAUAAAUAA